CGUUUGUUAACGGAGACGUUGAACAGAUGUUGAGGUCGCUUCACAGUUCUUUCUCUUCUCUAGAGAUCUCUCUCCGUCGCAUUCUCAGCUCAAUAUAUCAAAUUUUCAUCUGCUAAAAAAUGGCGGCCGUCGCCGUUCACCAGUUCGCUCAGUGCAUCACUUGCCAUGCUUGGAGUCCCGAUCAAUCCAUGAUAGCAUUUUGCCCAAAUAAUAACGAGGUUCACAUUUACAAAUUGCUGCAAGACAAGUGGGAGAAAGUUCAUGUUCUUCAGAAGCAAAUACUUCAGCUUGAUCUGUCGUCGUCAUGGGCAUUUGGGGUGAACUGGUCACCAAGUGGAAAUACUUUGGCUUAUGUAGGUCAUAAUUCUAUGAUUUACUUUGUUGAUGAUGUCGGUCCUUCUCCUUUGGCCCAGAAUGUUGCAUUCCGUUAUUUGCCUCUUCGUGAUGUCCUCUUUGUUUCUGAGAAAAUGGUCAUAGGUGUGGGAUUUGAUUGCAAUCCAAUGGUUUUUGCAGCAGAUAAAUCAGGAUUAUGGAGCUUUAUCAGAUUUUUAGGUGAAAGGAAAGAAUCUUCAUCAGGUCCAAAAUAUGGAUCUCAGAUUUCUGGAGCAUUUGGCAAAUUAUACGGUCAAUCAAAGCAGGGAUUGAGCAAUGAUACGAUUGAACCUUCUAAGAUUCAGGGAGCUGCUCAUGACAACUGCAUUAAUUGUAUUGAACUUCUAAAACAAAAAGGUCCGAAAACAAAGCGCUUCAGCACAUCAGGAAUGGACGGAAAAGUGAUAAUUUGGGAUCUGGAAAACCAGCAAGAUCUUAGGGAGUAUCUCUAAGAAGUGCUUCGUGAAUUGUUUUCUUUUUCCCUUUCGGUCAGGUAACAGAAUAACCAUAGUAGUGAAGCAUGUGGUAUACAUAAUAUAUAUACGCAUAUAUGUGUGAUUCUGUAAUCUUAGGA